AGCCGGGCUCGGCUCUCCAGCGCGCGCCCCCUUCCCGGCCUUGUCCUCUCCCUUCCCCCAGCCGCCCGAGAGCCCCCCUUGCACGCCGCCCCCCGCCCCCCGGCGCCCGGACGAUGCUCAAGUCUCGGCUCCGCAUGUUCCUGAACGAGCUGAAGCUGCUGGUGCUGACGGGCGGGGGGCGGCCCCGGGCCGAGCCGCAGCCCCGGGGGGGCGGGGGAGGCGGCUGCGGCUGGGCGCCCUUCGCCGGCUGCUCGACCCGGGACGGCGACGGAGACGAAGAGGAGUACUACGGGUCCCAGCCGAGGGCCCGGGGCCUGGCCGGCGACAAGGAGCCGCGGGCCGGACUCCCGCCGCCGCCCGCGCCGCCGCCGCCGCCGCCGCCCCCGGGCGCGCUGGACGCCCUGUCGCUCAGCAGCAGCCUGGACAGCGGGCUCCGAACCCCCCAGUGCCGAAUCUGCUUCCAGGGCCCGGAGCAGGGGGAGCUCCUGAGCCCCUGCCGCUGCGACGGCUCCGUGCGCUGCACGCACCAGCCCUGCCUCAUCCGCUGGAUCAGCGAGCGGGGCUCCUGGAGCUGUGAGCUCUGCUACUUCAAGUACCAGGUCCUGGCGAUCAGCACCAAGAAUCCCUUGCAGUGGCAGGCCAUCUCCCUGACGGUCAUUGAGAAGGUCCAGAUUGCAGCCAUAGUUCUGGGCUCACUCUUCCUUGUCGCCAGCAUCUCCUGGCUCAUCUGGUCCUCACUCAGCCCUUCAGCCAAGUGGCAACGGCAAGAUCUGCUCUUUCAGAUCUGCUACGGCAUGUACGGCUUCAUGGAUGUCGUCUGCAUAGGCCUCAUCGUCCAUGAAGGCUCCUCUGUCUACCGUAUCUUCAAGCGCUGGCAGGCAGUAAACCAGCAGUGGAAGGUCCUGAAUUACGACAAGACCAAGGACAUAGGAGGAGAUGCAGGGGGAGGGACGGCAGGGAAGCCGGGCCCCAGGACCUCACGGACGGGCCCCCCGACCGGGGCCACCAGCCGCCCCCUGGCCGCCCAGCGCAUGCGGACGCUCUUGCCUCAGCGCUGUGGUUACACAAUCCUGCAUCUACUUGGACAGCUGCGGCCACCAGAUCCCCGUUCCAGUUCCCAUUCUGGCCGCGAGGUUGUCAUGAGGGUCACCACAGUCUGAACUAAACUCCAGGAGUGGGGAUCUUGAAUCAGUGCAUCAGCCAGAGAUAAGCUGUCAUGGCUGCUGGAGGUACCACCUGGACAAGGUGUUUGGGGCACACUGCCCCACCACUGAGGAUCUCUGUGGGCAGCCUCAAGCUGGAGACAUUGUCUGGCCUCUACUGCCCACUGGGUAGAGAUGCCUGGAUGACAUUCCAGCCCCCACUGACAGCUCCUCACACUCAUCUUGCGGCAGCCAGUGGGCAGGUGGGGAGAGCAUCUUUUCUUCCCUAGAGAACCGUCCUUACCUCAGCUCCUAGGGCCUCCAGCCCCCCAGCUCCACUAUGGUGACUUGGUGAAGGGGGACCAAUGCCAGAAGAAAGGGGCUGUAGACGCCCCCCAAUCCCCACCCCAUGGCCACAGGGCAGCUGGCAAUAAGACUAGUAUACAUUGACCUCCCAUUCCCUGCAUGAGGGUGGGGGUACUUCCCCCUGCUCCUCCCCCCAUUGCAUGGGGGGAGGGCAUAAAGAAUCAUUUAUAUGCA